AUGAAAAGUGUUAAUAAACUACAAAUUCCUGGUUCCAAAAAAAACCCUACAACAUCAAAAAAAUUUUUAUAUCCAGAACAGGAGACACCAUUUAUAAGAAGAAUCUCAGCAACUAUUGAACCAUCAGGAAGUAUUUUCCCACCAAAUAUUAGUGAUACAAGUAGUUAUAACGGAUCUGAAAUGACAAACAAAAGUUUUAUGGAUAAAAUUAGAAAUUACCCAAUUUCUGUUUUCUUUAUUUUGAGUAAUGAAUUUUGUGAACGUUUCUCCUUCUAUGGAAUGAAAGCUAUUUUGCUCAUUUACUUUUUAUCAGAAUAUAAUUUUAGUCAAGGAACAGCUGUAUCACUUUAUCAUGCUUUUGUAUGUCUAGCAUAUUUUUCACCCCUCUUUGGUUCUAUUGCUGCUGACAGUUAUUUUGGAAGAUUUAAAGUUAUCCUUUGGGUAUCACUUUUCUAUGUAUUUGGGCAUGCUCUUAUGUCAAUUGGUUCUAUUCCAUAUUUAGAUUAUGAUCUUCGUCAAUUUUUAGAUUUUUCUGGAUUGUUUGUUAUUGCCAUUGCAACUGGUGGUAUCAAACCAUGUGUCUCUGCUUUUGCUGCUGAUCAAUUUGAAGAAAAUCAAGUUCAAGAACGUUCACAAUUUUUCUCUUUCUUCUAUUUUGCUGUUAAUGCUGGUUCUUUCUUUGCUAUUCUUUUUACACCCAUUAUAAGAAGUAGAGUUAAAUGUUUUGGUUCUGAAACAUGUUUUCCACUUGCUUUUGGAGUUCCUGGAAUUUUAAUGCUUUUUGCUUUUAUAUUUUUUAUUUUUGGAUGGAAGUAUUAUAAAAAACCAGCACCACCAAAAGGAAAUGUUGUCUUUGAUGUUGUUAAAUGUAUUUAUUAUGCACUCAAAGGUAAAAUUGAAGCUAAUUUAAAAGGACGUGAUACAGCAUCACAUUGGACUGAUUAUGCUUCAAAUAAAUUUGAUAGUAGUCUAAUUCUUGGUGUUAAAACAUUAGUUAAUGUUUCUGUACUUUAUGGACCAUUAGUUUUCUUUUGGGCAUUAUAUGAUCAACAAGGAUCAACAUGGGUACAACAAGCUCGUAGAAUGGAUGGAAGAGUUGGUUCUUUUACAAUACUUCCAGAUCAAGUAUCAGUUAUUAAUCCAAUUAUGAUUCUUGUUCUUGUACCAAUUUUUGAUAUGUUUGUAUUUCCUAUAGUAACAAAAGUUGUCAAAGUUACUCCAUUAAGAAAAAUGGCAUGUGGAGGUUUGUUGGCUGGUGUUAGUUUUGUUAUGGCUGGUUUUGUUCAAUUAGAAGUUAAUAAAACAAUGGAAACACUUCCAUCUCCAAACAACGUUAUUAUGAAUGUUUUCGGAAACUCGUCUAACGACUUUAGACUUGCAAAUAUUGAUAUGAAACCUGGAAGACAAGAAAUACCAGCUAUUUCUGGAACAAUUGAAAAUAUGUUUGAUCAAACAUUUUCAAAAGAUAUAAAUGUAACAAAUAAAGGAAAUGGUGUUGUUGUUGGAAUUUUUAGAGAUCCCAUUCACAAUAAACCAUUAAUAUCUUCUUUUUCAUAUGAUAUUGUUAAGACAGAAAAUGGUAAAACAAGAAUAUAUUUUCUUUUGCCUGAGGGAUCACUUCUCGAGAAAGGUCAUCUUAAUCUUGUUAAUGCUAAUAAUGAAGUAGAAAAAGCUGUCACAAUUGAAAAUGGAAAAUAUGUUGAUAUUAAUCCUGGAUUUUUUUCAUCACCAAAUUAUACAAUUUAUUAUGAUGAAGCUAAUAGUAAAUUAUGUUCAACUGAUUAUACAAAAUGUUCAUUAAAACUUGAAAUUUUUGCACAAAUGGGUGCUGCUCAUGUUCUUGUUUUAGAUCAAGGUAUUUCUGAAGGACAAAUUCAUACAAUUGUCAGACCAAAUUCAGUUAAUAUAUUAUGGCAAUUACCUCAAAUGUUUGUCAUUUGUCUUGGAGAAAUUAUGCUUAGUAUAACUGGUCUUGAGUUUUCUUAUUCUCAAUCAACACCAAAUAUGAAAUCUGUCCUUCAAGCAUUAUGGUUAAUGACAGUAUGUUUUGGUAAUAUAAUAGAUAUGUCAAUUUCUGGUACAAAAAUUAUAGAAGAUCCUGCAUAUGAAUUAUUUUUUUAUGCCGCAUUAAUGUUUACUGUUAUUGGAGUCUUUAUUCUUCUUGCAAUGAGAUAUAAAUAUGUCAAUCCAAAUGAAAUUAAUGGAUAUAAUAAAAAGUCAAAGAAAAAUCAUAUUCCUGAUGAAAUAUCACCAACUAGUAGUGAUAACACACUUCCAAAGAAAAAAACAAUUUCAGAAGAUUCAUUGACCGGAAAUUUUGUCAAUACAAAAAAUUAG